AGACAGGAGGAGGGAAACUGAAAAGAUUUCAAAACAAACGCUCCCUCUUUCUUGCUUUGUUGCUUUCCUUCAUAUCGUAGCAGUUUCCCGAUCUCGCUAACAUCCUCCAUUCCAUCUCUCCCGUUCUCUCUCCCACAGAUACUGAUAUUCUUCAUUUAGGGCAAUCAAAUACUCGAGCGUGGAGAUUUGGUCGACUACCACUUUCUAGGGUUUUUCUUUCUCUUAAUUUCGGAGCAUAAUUUUACUACACAGAUUUGAUUUGGAGAGUUCGUUUUGUUGUAAAACAUGGCAAAUGUUGCCACUCAGGGCCCUGUUUCUUCCGACCCACUCCAUAUUGGUACCGCAGUUAAGAGGAAGACUCCUUCGGAGUUGAGGGGAGAACAGUUGAAGCGAAAGACUGUAAUGGAGCUUGUUGAUGACUCGAGACCUUCUGGAUUUGGUACUCAGAAGAACACCACUAGGAUUAUCUGUGGCCUUAAGAAACCGGAUGGAUUGAAGAACCCAAGGUACGUUGAUGUUCGAAUGGACGAAGUGUAUCCUGUCAGAAAAAACAGCAUCAGGUUUAGGAUGCUUUCUGGGAAAGAAAAUGCAAAGGAGGAAAACAGCCCCAUGGAGCACGCAAGCAGCCUAAAGAGUUGCUCUGUUCCUCCAGAUUCAGCUGUCAAAAGUCUGCCAAAGAUUUCAUGUCUGCAGGAUUCUAUUGCUUCAAGUGCAGUUACCAGAAACAGUAAAUUGCAGGCUACUGAAAAUUGUGGUGAGAAUACGUUCCGUACUGUUACUGACCUGUCAUCAGGUGGAGAAAAGCUGUCUGGCCUGGAAACUGUUGAUAUGGAUAAGGUUCUGAAAGGACUGGUUGCUCAUGAACCUACUCCCUUGUCCGGUUUAGCUUCUGAUUCUUCUAAAAGAUGUGAAUUUACAUCAGAAAGUUUGUGCUUUGAAUUUUAUAUUCCUGGCCAAAAGGCUCCCCUAGAUUUUACAUUGAAAACAACAAUGCGGGUGAUGUCUUCUUCGUCUGUAAAUUGGUUUCAUAGGUUAAUUACUAGUGGUGCUUGUAAUGGUGUACCCCAGUUUGCUAUUGCCUCUCAGGGUAGUCAAAAGAUAAGCUGCUCAGCUGAACACACGUCUACUACUCAAAUGCCAAGAGCUUUAAGUUCAUGGGUGUACCCACAGUCUUCUCUACCUCCUUCUGUUAUAUCAGCAUUGACCCUAUCUGCAGCAGAAGGAGUCCAAAUGGACUUUUUAAACAAACGCCAACUAGCAUGGGAAGAUGCAUUUCGGAGUCUCUACUACAUGUUCAGGAAGAGCAUGUGCAACAUUUUUUAUGUCUGCACAGCACAGUUUGUUGUAAUGUUUAUUGCUGGUGAUCGUACAAAAGGAAGUAAGUGUGCAUGCAAUGCAUAUGUAUCUCGGUCCACAAGAAGUCUAAGGUCUUUGCUAAGGGAGCAGGAUAUUCAUUUCUCGAUGCCACUUUGCCAUUCUCAAGUUGAGACAAUUAAUACAGAAGAUCUCGUUGAGCUCUCAGAGAUGGAGAAACAUAAUCUGGGCCAGAUUCGACGACUCAGUACCAUCUCUGAUGUGGAUAAUAGCUCGCAGUCUUGUCUUGCAUUCAUAGGAAAUGAGAAUGUACAUGGGUUAUAUGAUUUUUUAUUAAACUAUAGAUUUUUCUUAACAUCUAUGACUGGAGUUGAUGUUCCUGUUUUAUAUUCACCAGUUCCAUUUCAGAAUGGUGCCCUUUCUUCUCCUGAGGUUAGAUGCAAGGAAGUGAGGAGGGCUGAUAACAUUUCUUUUCUUCUAAAGGAGUCCAACAUGAAUGAUGAAUUAAAUAAAGUUUCAUCUGCUGGUUUCUGCUAUAGCAUUGAAAUCAGGGAUGCUUAUCUUCCGCCAUGGGUAAUUUCUAGUGUCUGUGAAGUCAUAGGCUCUGAGGGAAUGAGCUUUGAAGUGAGUUUUGUUACCGAAUCCAAUUCGAGUGGCUUGAAUGUUGGCCUUGAAACCAUUUGCCAGAACUUUUCUACUUAUUCAACUGAAGGCGAAAGCUUGCAAGAAGGCAGCACCUCGUUUGGCAUUCCAAACACCAUUCUAUGUCCACGCCUGUCUUCUUCUUUUCUGAAUGGGUUGAAGUACUGUGAUGGUUCUUAUACAGCUUCUGCCACACCUGUUUGAAUAUGUUACACUCAAUUCGCCGUUGGUCAAGCAGUGAGCUGAGCUCGUCGUUUCAUUUCAUCAAUUUUUCUGUUUACUUGAGCCUGAUUUUGUGUCAUUUAAAUGUUUUGAGAAUGCUUGCUGAAAACAUAGUUUAUUAAUUGAAAAAGAUAGUGCUAGAAAUAGUUAACGGGCCGAUUCCCCAGCUUUCUGUUCA